GGGCCGGCCGGGCGGGCGCCGACAAUGAGCCUCCAUAAAAGGGAGCGGCGGGGGCUGGGGCCCCGGAUUGAGCCCUCCCCGCCCGGGGUCCCGACGCUCUAGGUCUCGGGGAGGCCCUGACGCGCCGGUCGCAGGCCCGGCCGGCGAGCGGCGGGGAGGGGGCUGCAGUGGGCGGGAGGCGGCUGCUGGUUUGCGCGCCAAGGCCUGUGCGGCUGUCCUCCGGCGUCAGGUCACCGAGAUCCACCCCCCAGCCCCGGCCGCGCCAUGGCCCUGAAGGCCGAGGGCUCCGCACUCGACUGCUUCGAGGUGACGCUCAAAUGCGAGGAAGGGGAGGACGACGAGGAGGCCAUGGUGGUGGCCGUAAUUCCGCGGCCCGAGCCGAUGCUCCGAGUGGCCCAGCAGGAGAAGACCCCCCCGCCGAGGCCCAGCCUGCUGGAGGCGGGCAGCGAUGGCUGUGAGGAGCCCAAGCAGCAGGUGUCUUGGGAGCAGGAGUUCCUGGUGGGGAACAGCCCGGGAGGCAGCGGGCGCGCCCUGUGCAUGGUGUGCGGGGCCGAGAUCCGGGCCCCCUCGGCAGACACGGCACGCACCCACAUCCUGGAGCAGCACCCUCACACCCUGGACCUGAGCCCUUCCGAGAAGAGCAACAUCCUGGAGGCCUGGAGUGAGGGGGUGGCCCUUUUGCAAGACUUCAGAGCCGAGCAGCCAUCCCCACCCCACUCAGACCCAGGCCAGGAUGUCGACGCAGACCCAGACUCGGACCCCGACCCUGCCAAAAUGCCAGCGGAGAUUGUCGUGCUCCUCGACUCCGAGGACAGCACGUCCCUCCCCAGAAGGAGCCGGCCCCGGGGACUCCGCCCUCUGGAGCUUCCUGCCGCCCCGGCCCCAGAACCAGUGAGCAAGAAGCCCCGCGGUCAGAGAUGGAAGGAGCCCCCUGGAGAGGAGCCGGUCAGAAAGAAAAGAGGCAGACCCAUGACCAAACCCCUGGACCUGGACCCUGACCCUGACCCAGAUCCCCCCUCACCUGACUCACCCACAGAGACUUUCGCAGCUCCCCCCGAGGUCCGACACUUCACCGAUGGCAGCUUUCCCCCCGGCUUCGUCCUCCAGCUCUUCUCCCACACCCAGCUCAGGGCCUCAGACAGCAAGGACUCGCCCAAAGAGGUGGGAGUUGCAGAAGGAGGCCUUCUCCAGGCGGAAAGCCCCUCUCCAGUGCCCAGCACAGGAUGUUUGGUGAAGGAACAGAUGACGGACUGGAUGACCCGGCUGUGGCUCAGGAUCUGCGCUCCCCCCUGUGUGAUGCGUCCAGGCUCACAGCUCGAAGCGCCUUUGAGCAGCUCACAAGCCCACCUUUUUCCUUCGUCAGUCCCGGCCUCUCUCUUGCCCAUGUGACAUGUCUGGAUGGUCCUCUGAGAUCUCUCAAACUUGGCAUUUCUGAGGGGAACCCUGCCUCCCCCUCCCCACCCCGCUUCCCCGCGAAGCUGAAGCCCUGUUUGAUUUGCUUGGGCCAAACCCUCGGAGUCAUCCUCUUCCAUCUCUCAGACUCCACAUCGGUCGUCAGCUAACCUGUUAGGCCCACCUUCAAACUGCUCAGAAUCGACCCCCUCGCUCCUACUGCUGUGACCUCCGUGCACGAUUCCUUAAACAACCCUCGAACCUGUUUCCCAGACAAGUGGGCUUCUGUUCUUUGCCCUCGUCCGUCUCCUACAGCAGCCGCGGCCCCUGUUGAAAACACAAGUGGGAUCCCGUCACUGCUCUGCUCAGAGCCCUCCGGCAGUGUCACCUCACCCUCCAGAUAAAAGCCGGAGUCCUCGUGGUGACCGGUGGUCCUCACGCCGGGGCCUUUCUCUCUCCCACUCACCGGGGCGUCCGCAUUUGCUCUUUCUCCCACGAGGAGUGCUGUGCCCCAGCCAGACACCGCUGCCCCGUCGUUUCCUAUACAUCUUCACUCCCUUGUCAGCUCCCUGAGGCCUUCCCUGCUACUCUGCUCCCUUCACGGCUGUCUUGUCUGUGUAUAUGAUACAACAGAUGUGUUUUUUAA